UAUAUGUAUGUACCUACUAUAUAGGCAUGUAAUAUAGGUGAAUGUUUUCAAAACAUACAAGCCAUACAUUAUAUACCGUCUACUAACCACUAAUCAACGUGACGCCGUUUGAUCCGCUACUCUGAUAACUAGAAAAAAAAUUAAUUGUCCAUAGUAUAAUAUUUUUUAUAUAAUAUGUAUCUCUUACCACCAAACGAGACCCAACUUGAAUACAUAAAGAAUGAAGAUUUUUAUCAACCGUUAUACAAACUCGAAGAAGAUGUCACUCAACUCAUGGAAUGGUUGACCAAACAACCACAUUUACCUAAUAUUACUGAUAGAAAAUGGUUAGCACAUUUUAUAACAGGAUGCAAGUAUAGUUUACAAAGAUCAAAACAAGUUAUUGAUUCAUAUUUCGUAGCACGAGCAGAAUUUCCAGAAUUUUUUGGCUCUUUUACUAAAGAACAACUAAAAGAAGCUUCUAAACAAGGAUUAGUAUGUUUGUUCCCGAAACUAACGCCGGAGGGAAACCGAAUUUUCUGUACCACGACCCGACCAUCGUCGGACGAUGAAAAAUAUGACGUCAUGCUCUUUUGUCAAGUAUCCAUUGCUAUUUUGGAUUUGCAGCUUAAGUCAGAGCCCAUGUACGGUAACAUUAUUCUGUACGACCUGAAGCAUAUCCGACUAGCUCAAUUCAUGGCCUUCACGCCCACCUUAACAAAAAACCUGUUGAGAUGUUGCAUCGAUUCAUUUCCACUACGAGUGAAAACUGUCCACUACAUUAACCCACCCAAGUUCAUGAGCCGACUCAUCACGUUCUUCAAGCUAUUUGUGUCGAAUAAAAUCAAAGACAGAAUAUUUGUACACGAUUCAUUGGAAGAUUUGUAUCAAUACAUCCCAAAAGACGUAUUGCCAGACAUAUACGGUGGUACCGGUGGAAAUCUCGAAAAAUAUGAAGAGGAUAUGUUGGAACUUUUGAUGGCUAAUAAAGAAUGGUUAGAAGCACGACCAAAGGCAGAUUUGUCAAGACGACCAGAACAUACAAAAGCAGAUGAAUUGGACAUGAAUGGUACAUUCAAAAAAUUACAGAUUGAUUGAAUUUCCACUCUAAAAUAUACUGAUUUGGAAAAAAUCUGUAGGGAUUAUUAAUAUUAUUCAUAAUUUAUAAUAAAUAAUUAUACAAUGA